AUGGCUGAUGUUGAUUUUGGAGUCUUGAAUGAGCCUAACCUUCCCCAAGGCCAAGCCGACGUACUCCGCAUCUUGGAAGGGACUUUGAACUCUAGCAAUGAUCCCGCUACGGCAGCGACCAAGCUGGCGGAUGACUUGCGGCAAUUUUUCAUCUCGAGUGGCUCGGAAGAUGCUGCUUCUGGGCUGCUCUGGGACUUGUGGAUGAUGCUCUUAGAUGCAGUGAGGAUUGUGCCCAUCGACCAUCCAUGGCACGAGACCCUCAUUGCCGCCGUCAAAGAAUUGCGGCUUAAUGGUGGGUCAGUGGCCGGACUCGAAGACAAUUCCACUUUGCAGUGGGGGGAUUUGCCUCAUUUAAGCAUGUAUCUAUUCGAUAAAUGGGCUGACCCCACGGACUUCGAUGAAUACACUCCUGAAGACAUCGAAACCUGGAAACGCUUCAACUCAUUUGCUUCUCGGCUUCUAAGCGAUGAUUUUACGCAGUGGAUUGUGCUGCCCUAUUGGGAGAUACGUGCAACCCUAGAGACAGCGCCGCAGGAGGUGAGUGUUUUUGAAUGCAAACUCUGGGUCGCGACCGAGUGGCUGGCGCGCUGCGGCCAACUCUUGUAUAAGGAUAUGGCCUCUACAGAUGCCUUGACCGAGCGUGAACAGGCUUCCAUCGCUCCUGGUCCGCUUUGCAAGGACAUUCCUCCACGGAGUCUCGAGCGAUGGAAUUUUUGGCGAUCAAGGCUCACAGAACUCUCGAGAGCAGAUCCCUCGGCAGAGGACAGAGUGGAACAACCUCCUCUCAGUGACGAAUCACUAUCCCGCAUUACGCAGGCCAUCGGUCUGAUGGAUGAGGCGCAAGGCAGUUCUCAAGGGCGAGAUUUGGAAGGAUCAGGGGACACAGCAGAGAGUGCAUGUAGGGUAGAAGACCAUGGGAUCGAAGAUACAAAGGAUGAGAAGAUAAUGGAGACUGAGAAGUAA